UAAUGACGAUAAAGGGAAACACAUUUUUCAUAUAGUAUGCAUCAUAUUAUUCUUCCGAGUGUGAAGCGCAAAAAGGAUGCUGAAUAAAUCGCCGUCCCUUGAUACUACGGCCGUUUGCUUCAAGAGGCGGACAUCACAUAUCACAUUUCAUCGUCAUUGCAGUUGUGAGUGAGCUGUUGUGUGUUAUAGAAGUUGCAACACUUUCAGAAUAUUUGUGAAAAGUGAAAUUCCACACUGAUGAAAAUGCAAAAACCAGCAGAUCGCAACUUUACUUUAACGAUGGAGCGAGGAAAUCAUCUCAUAUUGCCAACUGCUUUUCACCCAAUUAACAAAUAUAACCAAUCACAUUUGGUAUUCGACUUGUACAUGGCAGUCGCAUCAGGUAGCACUCAAGAGGCCAGGAACAUACUGCUCUCAUAUCCACACGUUGAUUUUAACAUACCAGUGAAGGGUGCAACAGCUCUAUCUUUGUCUCUUUAUAAGAGGCAUUUUGAUAUUUUUAAUCUGUUGAUGCGUCAUUAUGAAAAGAGUAAGAAUCUGAACUUGAACAAAAGCAGCAAAGAUCAUCUGAACCGUGUCGAACCACCGAUCAUCACAGCAUGUCGAAUGCAUUUUCUUGAGGGAGUAGUUGCAUUAGUAAAUGCAGGUGCUGACAUUGAUGCCGCUGAUAACUACAACCACACAGCUUUGUGGGUGGCAUGCCGACAACAAAUGCCUGACCUAGUGGAGUAUUUGAUUUCAAAUGGUGCUAGUGUCAACAAAACUGACCAGUUCAAUCGUACUCCACUCCUCACAGCCUUAACUUACAGGGUCAGCUCUUUUAUAACAAAAACUCUUAUUGUCCAUGGAAGCAAUUUACAAGGUCCGAAAUACCCGAUUGGUGGUAUAAGUGCACAACAUAAUCCACUUUUCUGGGCAUCAAAACACAAAGCUAUGGAAAUUGUCAAACUUCUUUUGUGUGCAGGUAUCCCUUUGUGGGAGAUUCGCAGUGUGAGGAGAGCAUUAAUCAUGGAUGGCGACAAUGAUGUGGCUAUAAUAAGUCUGUUAGAUGCUGAAAUCAACAACCCUCCAAGUCUGAAACAGCUCUGUCGAAUGGAAAUUAGAUCAUGCAUCAGCAAAAACUGUAACGGGAAAGGGUUUUUGAAAAAUAUUGAAACAUUACCACUUCCUGUUAUACUUAAACAAUAUGUGAGUCUCAGAGUUUUGUAUAUGUAAGAUUAAUUAUACUGAUGACAGUAUGAAGAUGGUGAUGGCUACAUGUUGACCAUUUAAACCAACUAAUGCAGUAAUAUUUACUUGAAAGUUGAAACUGUCUUGAUAAUGACAAUAUCUGUCUGUCUGUGUAUUACAAUUUUAUUGGAAUUUGAGGCUGUUAUGAUGAUGUGAAUAUGCUGUAUAAUUGCCAAGCUAGCAACUAAUGUUGACUGUUUUUUUUACAUAAGUACAUGGAGUUUUAUGCAAUUCAUGCGAUAAAAAGAAACACAGAUUACUUUGCCACAUGUUUAGAAUUCUGAAUCCAAGAGGAACACUUACCAUUUUUUUCAUCUUUUGAAUACAAAUAUGUUGUGAUUAAACAUAGCCUUCUAAAUAGUUCCAGACAUCAAAAACCUAACAAGAACAUAAUGAUAAUUUUUUACUGGAAAAGCAACAGGAAAUGAAAGCUAAUUGAUGUUAUGACAUUACAUAUAUAAUAUCAUGUGAUUUGUUUUGUCUUGCAUGAAACUAGUUACAUGUCAAACUGUAUCACACAAUAAGGCUAUGUAGAGCAAUUAAUAUCAAUAUGACUAAUGACAUAUCCAAGAAAAAUAGUGUGCAGAGAAGAUAUAAGAAUACUUUGAUUGAAACCACUUUUAGGAUGUCAGUUUAAAUUUGCAAAAUGUUUAAUAAAACUUGCUGUAAAAUAUAGUGAAAAAAGACUAGUUUCUGAAAAACAUUGAGAACAUCUGUAUUCAUGUAGUAUGUGAGUGUUAAAAGGUCACAUAAGUCACAUCAUGAAGGACUUCACAAACAUUUGCAUUCAUUGGAUUUAAACAAUGACAUACAGGCAGCACUCUACCAUGUAUGACAUAUGUUAGUUUUAUAUUAUUUUAGCUUUAAAGAUUUGCACGUGAUGAUGUUGAUAGGUAACAACAAUAACAUGUGAUCAGAAAUUCCUUAUAGUAUAAACAUUUCUUUUGGGAUCUCGGUGUAGGUUUUUAAGGUUGAUUCAUUAUUGACCAGCUGAAAUUACACAUUCUGUGAUUUGGUGCCAUAAACAUACUGAUAUCAUCUGUUGCCAUCACAUCAGUAAAUGUAUGAGACAAUAUUUGACAAAUUAUACGCAAUAGUUUGUGCAUACCAUUGUCAGAGCAGACCAUGGUACUGAUUUGAUAAUUUCUUCAUUUCCACAAAAAAGAAAAUUGGACGUUCUGGAUGAUUUUGUGACCUCAGACUGUCAGAUAAAGGUUGGUGUAGCAUACUUACUUAUAAAGUGCAUUUACCAUUACAUGUACCAGUAAAGUAUCUUAAAUGUUCAGAAGUAAUGUGCUCUUCACAUUAAAGCUUAAAGAUUUUUGAAGCCCGCCAUCAUCAGAUGGGGCAUGGACUCUUCAAACUGACCGUCGCCUGUUGUCCAAAAACCUGUUGUCUGUCAGUCCAUACACAAAACCUGGUACAUGCUUUUUCUGUAGACGUACUGGAAUCAUUUUCAAAUUUCAAAGGUAGAGCCCUCUUGGUCCCACUUUGGGACGGAUCAGAAAAAUGAAAUGGUUAACAGUUUUCAUAGCUAUAUCUUGAGAAGUAUUGGAAGAUCUUUCAUAAAUUUCCUAUGAAAUUAGGUCCUUACUCCCUAAUUGUAUCCUUUGAACUUGGGACUGAUUGUGAAAAAAAAUGCUGACAGGCAGCCAUCUAUGAAAGUUAAGUAUUGCUAUUUCUGUGGAAAUACUGCCACUGUAACAUGUAAUGGAUCAGCCAAUAGGAGGAAAGAAGAGAAAGAAAGGAAAAAUACCAAUUUAUAAAAAACUAAUAGUGAUCAAACAAUGGUGGGUGCCAAGAUCCCUCUGGGAUUUCUUGUACAUUAGAGAGACGGUUGUUUGAUGUAUGUACAAUAUAUAAACUAUAUGAAAUUUACACGCCUGUCAUAUAUGGAGUUUACAUUUGAUUUUGUUUCCAGAGUUCUUGCCAUGUAUGAUGUUUGAAUUUAUAUCUUAACUGUAUAUAUUACUAUUGUAUGUGCAAAUAUCUGUUUACAUAUAAGCAUUUGUCAUAUAGUAACUACAGUAAAAACAUUCUGAGGGAUCACAAUUUACUUUAUAGUCUAUAUUCAUUAUUGAGCUUGAUCAGGUAAACAAUUUACAUGAAAUGAUGGGGAAAAACACUAUUUUAUAUAAAUGUUUUAUGAUGUAUACCUUCAAUUAAGUAUUUACUAUUUGAACUGUGAAUGUGGAUAUAUAUGAUCAUAUGUUUCAAACAUUUUUAUAUCCAGUUACCCAUGUUUUGUACAUUGCUGAGACAGCCCUAGUGCUUGCCUGUGUUGGGACAGCUGUAUGCCCUGUAAUUCCUGCUGGUCUGAUUCAGAUAUUUGCAUUCAAGUUGCCAAUUUGUUAGUUUUAAAUGUCUUAAUUAAAGGUCAGGAUCACAAACAGAUCAUGGAAAAUGCGAGUGGCAUAUUUACAUACAAGUAAUUUGUAUCUUGAUGAAAACUGUUUUGAAAAAGUGAGAGGACCACUAAGUGAUUAUGAUAUUUGAAGUAAAUGAGAUAUAACACAUUAAAAAUUCUGGGACCAAUUUAUUCCUUUAGAAAGAAGAAACACAAUACUUGAUAUCCAAAGAACCACGUCAGGCUUGCAGUUGUGUAGGCCCCAUUGUUAACGCCAAGAAAAUAUGUGCAUUUUUGCUGCUUUUUUGAUACUGGUACUAUAUACAUGUAUAAAAUUGUAAAAUUUAUUUUGAUGUUUUCUGUACUUGUGACUUACAGUUUGUUUCAUACUGACUCUAAAUGAACAACCGUAAGAAAUGGUAUAUAUUGAUCAUAUAAGACACUUACCGUUUGAAUCCAACAUCAGAUGGUCUCCUCGGGCAUUCUUCAUGAAUUUUUGAUUGUGUUUAUUGUUUCCUGAAUACAGUUUUGAUAGAUGUUUGUGAAAGUUAUCAUAAACAGAGUAUCUUAUGUCAGAGUAAAAAACUGUUUUAACUUCCUCUGUUAAGAUAAAAUCUCAUGUAAUUGGCUCUGUUAUAGUAAAAUCUCCUGUUAUUUGCUCUGUUCUUGUAAAAACUCUUUUCAUUUGUGCAGUUUGGUAGUUAGGUUUUCAGCAUGUGAUGAAAGUAUUCUUUAAUACCUGUUUUUACAUUUGUUUUUGUUUGAUUUUAGGUUUUAAAUGUUUGAAUAGAAACAAUAAACCAAGUUAAUGCUGUUGUAGAGGAUUACUGUAGUAUGUAUAUAUAUACAUGUACACCAUGUAUGGUGGGAAAUAGACACAUAUACAAACACACAGGCAGUUGUGAUGGUAUAAUCAGUUCAACAAAAGUAUAUCACAUGAUUAUACAUUACAUGUCAUAUGUUCAUCCAUUGAAGGUUUGAAUUAUUAAAAUAUGGAUUGUUUAUAUAAAUUAGAGAUUAAAACACUAAGUCCAGUGGGAAUUACCAUUGAAUGUGCUUACCUGUAAACUGGAUGUUGAGGAUGAUGAGUGUAAUCUUCAUGGUGAUAAAAUAUCACAAAAUAUAAAUAGUUGUGUUGUACAUGAUCAAGUACAAACAUAUAUAUUUUAUAUCAUUAUUUGAUUGUUUAAUACAUUUUUGUACCUUCAGUGAUUGCUUUAGGAUUAAUGAAUUGUACUAUUUGGUAUAUGUUGGUCUUGUUGCACGAGGUGUCAUAUGUUGUCCUCUGUAUGUAAAGCUCUGACUGGAUUGUUUAUUUUUAUUUUAGCAAGUGUGGAGAGUUAGAAACCAAAACAAGUCUAGAUAAAACUUAAGUAUUCGAAUGAAAUCAGAAGAAUUGUCUUCUUUAACUACAGUAGUUAUACAAGACAUUAAAAUACUAAGGAAAAAGAAAAACUCAUAUUUAGGAUGUAUGAUAUAUAUGGGGCUAUGUAUUUUCAUUUCCUGACAUCCUUUAGCCCAAUUGAUGAUGUCAGCUCUUAGCUAACCAGUCAAUGACAGGCAGCUGACUGAUCGUAACUAUGGUAAUCAGACUGACAUGACAGUCACACUAAUAGUAUAUGAUAAAAACAACCAGUUCUACCAUAUAUCACCUGGUUCUAACAGUUGCCUUUUUAUAAAGUUUAUCCCAGUUGAUGUGAUGCUUUCCAGGUCUAAAUCACUCUUUGGUCUUGAAACUUUUACAACAGCUGGACUUGCACAGCAUUAGCCCAGAAGUGUUACAUCAAGUUGCCAUUUGGAAUUUAAAGUUUAUUUAUCUUCCUAGAAUUCAAUCAGUCUUCCAUGUACUCAAGAUAUUUAUUUGUUUAUUCUUAAACUUUCAAUUAUUAUUGUCAUACAGUGUAAGGUUGAAUCAUUAUAAGUAGCAUAAAAAAAAAACAGAAUAAAACUGAUAAUUCUUUUCCACAUCUGCCAAAAGUUCAUAUUCCAAGUUGAAUUUAGGCAAACACACAUUUUAGUAAAACCUCAAUUUUCUACCUAGUUGUUACUUUUGUACCAAUUUCACUUUCAUGCUGAAGAUGUUGCAUUGUACCAUGAGGUGGUCUUACUGUCAUGUCUUACAGGGUCAGCAAUCACCAAAUCAUUAAUUAAUAGGUCUGUGUGUCAAGUUCUUUUGUACAGUAUUUCAUUAUUAAAAAUUGGGUGCCAGUAUUUAUAUAAGUGUUUGCUGUAUGACAUUGCAUGUUGAUGUGUGCUAUUUGUUUGGUUUUUUCUCUAGUUUUUGUUGGAGGGCAAGGAGAUUGAUAUUCAAAUACUUUCAAUUCUGUAUUGUCAAAAGUAUAAAUUUGCCAUUUCUAGUCAUUUUGUUCAUAAUUAUGUAUUAAUAGCCAUGGUUGAUGAAUUAAAUUGAACGUUUAGAACAGGACAGAGAAAAAAUGAUUUCAUUUGAUGCUAGUCACAAUAUAUGUUUUGCAUGUAGACUGAACAUCUGCAUGUAUGUUUGUAGUGAUAAUCAGAUAAUGUUCAGUGAAUGAUGGCAAGUGUUUCCAGAGUUUGUGGAUCCCUCGUUUAAAUCCUGACCCGCUCCAUUGUAUUUUCCUCGGCCAUUUUCUUGGUGUCUGGGACCAAUUCUUGUUUUGAAGCAAUGAAUGUAAAUUACCGUGUAGUGUUUACUUAUUUGGAAACAGAGAUGUACAGACCAACAAACUCCAUAUAUUUUUAUUUUCCUAGAUGUCAGAAGUCCCAAAUUACAGCAGUUAUUCUUUGUUACACUUUGAAACACAUUACGUACAGCAUAUAGUUUUUGUUUUCUUAUGCUGUUUUUGAUUUGUCAUGAUAUAGUGUACCUAUAGUGAAGUAUUUCACCGAGUUUCUUCACCAAUAUUAUAAUACAUGUAGUUUUUGCUUUGGUUAAUUUGUUGCUCUCAAAAUAUUGUACACUUGCAGAUACCAAAGACAUUUUUGUAUCGGUGCUGUUUUGAUUAAGAUUAAAUCUUAUUCAAAAUAAUUUUUUUUCUUUGUUUUGUUAUGAAAAUGCCACUUUGCUUCAUUUUAUUUGUAAAUAAAUGAUUACAAGGUUCUGGAACAAUAUUGAUUAUUUACAGGGUUUUCCAUAAUUUUGUUAGUAGUAGGCUGUGUAGUGAAGGUAGGAGGCCGGCCUGCCUUGUACAUGUAGUCGUGUACGGAACAUUAUUACGGAACUGGAUUGGUGAAGGCAGCGAAAUGAUCAAAUUGGCCGGCGACCGGCUCUGAUGGAAAACCCUGAUUAAUGAUAUGGAAAUUUUCCUGUGGAAUGUCUUCUUAUAUGUAUACAGUCAUUUUAGCCCACCAUCUGACCUACGUCCAUGGUGCAUUGUCUAUCCGUCGUCUGACUAUCCAUAAACAGAUUUUGUUAUCACUAUUUCUUGAGAAGCACUGUAUGGAUCUUUCUCAAAUUUCAUAUAUAGGUCCCCCUUAGUCCCUCUUUGUGCCCAUUUGAUUGUGGGACAGAUCAGAAAAACAAAAUGGCCGACAGGUGACCAUCUUUGAUUUUGACUUUAAAAGUGUGUCAUUGCUAUUUCUUGAAAAGUACUGUAUGGAUCUCUCUCAAAUUUCAUAUAUAGGUUGCCAUUGGUCCCUAGUUGUGCCUGUUUGAUUUUGGGACUAAUUUGAAAAAAUAAAAUUGCUUACAGGGGAACAUCUUGGAUUUGGAAGUUAAAGAUAACCAUUGCUAUUUCAGCAAAGGAAUAUUCAAAUUUCCUCAUCAAUUAGAGCACAAACAGAAAAGAGAAAAGAAAGAUCCAACUGUCAAAGAUCAAAAGCUGGUAGGCACCAAGAUCCCUCUGGGACCUCUUGUUUAUGUACUGAAAUUUAUUGCAUUUGUGAGGAAAAUUUUCUUUUUGAUGUUAUUAAGUAAUUAAUUUCAUCUUUUGACACCACUGAAUAUCCAUAUAACCAGAACUUUGAUUUAUUAAGGUACAUGUACCUCAACUUCAAAUUAAUAAACAAGAUUCAAAUAUGGCAUUAUCUAUAGAUUGAUCAGACAGAACACUCAUGUGCAAGGACAGGACCAACAUUUGCUCUGGACUUGUUUGUAUUUUGCUUUAGAAGGUUUAAAGAGAAAUAUUGUUUCAUUCAUUUACAUAACACAUCAUUUGUUUAUCAUAGAGCAUAUAUCUGGUGUAUUUGCAGUUUUCAGAAAUGCACAGGAAUUUUGUGGUACUAUUUGGUUCAUGUUGAAUAGAGGAGGCAGAUUGUUUCGAUAAUAAUUGGUGCUUAAGGUUUAUUGUGUUGACCAUUUCAUUUUUAUGGACAAAUAAAAAUCUGGAAGUAUG